AUGUCGUCGACCAGCCUGCUCACGUCCAUCUCCGAAACCGUAUCGGUUCUUUUCGCCACACCGCUCGUGCCUCAGCCAGCGGACGCACCUAAAAUCGUGGCGAUACAACUCAUGGAGAUGCCCCCGUCCCGUACUUCCUCGCGCAGCACGGAUACCAUGUCGAUUGCACCAAUGGUUUCCAUAGAUGCAUCCUUCGGCGUCGUCUUCGUCGGCGCCGUAAUCUCGUACGCGCUGUAUGGCAUUACUUGCGGCCAGGUAGUGAGGUAUUACGCAGCCACCGAAUCCGAUGACCUUUUGCUCAGGGGCAUGGCAAGUAUUCAGAAGGAUCUACCACGCCUGACUGAGAUACGCGUCGUUGCCACUGGUAGCGGCGGUCUGGGUGCUGGACACGCUGCAACAGUGUCUCCUGACGGCAUACAAUGUGGUACUGCUACAUAUCGAGGUGCGGCGGCGACCCUGCGGGAGGCGGAAUCCGAGAUCGUGUCUUUGCAGGAGCUUCUCGGUACGUGGCUGUAUGCGGGUACUAUGCGCCUUACUUUGCCCAUCGCAGCUAAACAUCGUCCCCAGGCGAUUGUGAUACCAGGCGCACUCUCCAAUUUUGUUGUGGAAACCUGUCUUAUCAUGAGGAUCCGGAAGUCGACGGGGAUGAAAAUCGGUCUUGUCUUGGACUUCUCCCCCACAGAUCGCUCCGGCAGUAGCGUCUCUGGUCACGGCAAUGCACGCACAAUCUUUGUUGUAAGUGAAUGUAACCUGACGAUCGGCCGCGCUUUCGUAUCAGCUGGCUCUAUAGUAUUCGCAGCACAAAGCUUCGUGUCGCCACAACUGCUCGUCCGGAGAAAGUUAGCCAAAUACAGUUUCAUCGUCGCGUUCGCUUCCUACGUCGUAACCGACACCGCUAUCGCAGCUAUAAUAUGCGUUUACCUGUCCUACCACCAAACCCACGCUGUAAGACCUUUGCGAUCAGUCGUGGGGCUGGUGAUUAACUAUGCUAUCGCAUCUGGCUUGCUGCCAACUGUCCUGGUUUCUCUGGCUCUGAUAUCUUACCUGAAGCUCGCUGUGUCCGCGAAUAUGGCGUACGCGGCGCUGUACCUAACACAUGCCAAAU